GUGGUGGUUUGGCGCCAGCGAUUUCGCGGGGUAACAGCACAAGGAAGAGCGCAGCAGGACAAGGAAGCCCAAAUAUUGAGCAUAAAGCUGUGCUGCACAGUUACAAACAUCAUAAAGUGUCGUGGGCGGCCGGUGUGUGUGUGUCAUUACUGCUUCUAGCAUCUCGUCCUGAACUCCGAGAUCUGGAUACAGUGGAGGGUGAACGCAGCUCGACAUAAAGCUCACCGAGGCCUUGAGGAGGUGAGUUAUAAUGAUGGCGACGGCGGAGCCUCCGAGCAGCUCCAGCUUUCUUCCCCUGCUGGACUCUCUGGAGGACAGCGCCGCUGGACAGUCGGAACAGACAGAUGCCUACCUCACCAUCGCCAGCCGACUCAGCGGAGAGGAAAGCCGACAGUUCCUCCCUGCAGUAGAAAAGCACUUUUCUCGUUUGGGUAAAGCCACCUUGGCUCACGUAAGCAGUCCGAAUACAGAGCUGAGCCAAGCUGCCUUGCAAGCUUUAGGGUUUUGUGUGUACCAUUCUCGCGUUGUCUCUGGACUGCCUGAAACAUUUGUAGCAGAAAUACUAUCAGCACUUUGCUCCCUGGUGGUGAAGUCGACGGACAAGAACACAUGCACCAGAGCAUUAUGGGUCAUCUCCAAACAGAGCUUUCCUCAAGAUAUGGUUGCCAAAAAAGUGUCGUCUAUACUGGACACACUGGAGAGCGUGUGGAGCAGAGAGGACAUCCAGUCUGUGGUGAUGGAACACGAAGCCUUAAAUGUUGUCAUCAGAAUGCUGGAGCAAGUGCCGGCCCAGAUGGGUGAUGGAGUAGUACGGUGGGCGAAGCUCAUCAUCCCGCUAGUGGUCCACUCUGCCUCCAAGGUGCGUCUACGGGCUGCAGCAGCCAUGGAGUUGGGUAUGCCUCUUCUCCUGGAGAAACAGGUGGAGGUUGCUGCCAUCAUUGAACCAAUGAUGUCCACUAAACUGAUCCCAGAGCUACAGAAGCUUUUCAUGUCCAAGAAUGAAACCAAUGUCCUCAAGCUCUGGCCCUUAUUUGUGAAACUACUCGGGAAGUUGCUGCACAGAGGAGGCCCCUUCAUCAACUCUCUUCUGCAUCUGGAGGAACUUGGUUUCCGCAGCUCGUCUCCCACCAUCAAGAAAAUUGCCUUCAUUGCCUGGAAGAGCCUCAUAGACAACUUUGCCCUCAAUCCAGACAUCUUGUGCAGCAGCAAACGUAUGAAGCUCCUCAUGCAGCCCCUCUCGUCCAUCAACGUCAGGACAGAGGCCCUGCUGCUCACCAAGGUGGAGGUCUGGUGGUACCUGGUGGUCCAACUCGGGCCAAACCUGUUCCCUAACUUUGAGCAGGUGUCUGUCCCUCUGCUCCAGUGCACCAUUGGUUCUGACUCCUCCUCAGUGCCAGGCACCCCUUCUAGAGCUAUCAGUCAGAAUGGUGCAGCUACACCUACCACACCCAAGACUGGCACCGCAGGCUUCAACGGCCCAGCCAAUACAUCUCGGAUGAGCCUGAACGCCAGUUUACAGAUGCCCACCACCUUCCCAUCCAUCCAGUUGCUGGGCCUGGAGAUGUUGCUUCACUAUUUUCUGGGACCAGAGGUUAUUGCCACAGCAGCAAAGCACAAACUCAUCCUGAGUCUUGAGCCCUUGAACCAUCCAUUCCUCUCCGGUGCUUCCUCUUUCACUAAACAUGCUGCUGUGCUCACCUCCAACAUCAGAGAUGGAUUCAUCAGCAUUGGCAAAGAUGCUCCAGGAUCUCUGUUGGCUAUCCUAUGGACCAGUCUUGUCCGUUGUGUCAACUCAACUAUAGAGUCCGGCAGUAAGAAGGACCGUCAGGGCUGUGAGGUUCUGACUCUGAUGCUUCAGGCUCUGCAGAGCAUCGUCACCUCUGAAGCUCUGCCUGCAGACAAAGUCCUGAUUCUCUUUGAGGCCACAGUGAAAGGUAUUCCCCAGAGAGUUCUUGGCUCUGCCUCCUAUCAAGUGGGCAAGAUGGAUGUGCUUAAUGGAACACCAGCGCUGUUCCUCAUUCUUCUCCUCUACAACAGCAGCAUGCUCGCAGCAUACAUAGAGGAUGAGAGAUUUUAUCAGUGCCUUCAAACACUGGUGGGCUGUGGUUUGUCGGGCCCCACUUCCCCUCUGGCAUUUGGGGAGGCAGUGCUGGGGGCCAUCGGGCGCAGUGCUCCUUCUCUGCAGAACAAGGAGCAACUGUUGAGGAUGUGGAGUGUGGUGGUCAGCCCGCUUACAGACACCAUCACACAGUCUAAUGAAGUCAACCAAGGUGACGCUCUGGAGCACAACUUCCGUGCCAUGCACUCUGCCUUGUUGUUUCCAAUUACACAGCUGCUACCUGGCACACCACUACAGCAGGCGACCCAGAAGUCAAUGUUGUCCACAUGGUCCAAGUUGUACAGAGUGUUUGCUCGCUGCUCCUCCUUGGUGGUAACUGCUGAAGAGAACAUCUGCUGCGAGGAGUUCUGUGCAAAGAUGACAGCGGCAACAGACAGAGACGCCCUAAUGGUUCCCUCAACAUUAAAUGUUGUUGCCAGUAUUCUCCAAGUCAUGGUGGAGUGUGUGGACUUCUCGCCGUACACUCCUCAGUUUCAGCAAAAGCUAAAGUCUCCUCACACUCCAGGAAACUGGAUGAAAAAGAGAAAUAAGGUCUUGGGGAAUCUGUCCACCUUCCAGUCCCUGCUGGUGCAGUGUCUAGAGGUUUACCUGGAGGGCCCUGAGGCUUCCUCUGAAGCCACAGGAUUGGCCUUGGUCUCCACCCUGUCUGCUCUCUUUACCAACCUUGCUCUUCCCAACACCAUCAAAGAAGCCCUGACUUCUCUGAUUCAACCUCUCACCGUCCUUUGCAAACAAGCGAGCAGUGAACCACCCAUAUUCCCCCCUCAUCUUCUGGGAAAGUUGGAGAAGCUUUACAGUGACGUUCUCGGCUGCCUGCAGACCCGCUCUGCUUUGGCGUACGAUGGUGAACUCCUGGUUCUGCUUUCUCCUCUGCUUUGUGUGUUGUUUCCUCACAAGAACAAACAACUUCGCAACUCGGUCACCCAGUUCUGGAACUCCACCUUUGCCAACUCAACCAGCCUCACUUACCCCGAUGAGAUCAGACCAAUUUUGAGCCAAGUGAAGCAGAAGACCCCAAUCAUUCUUCCUUGUUUUGAGGUUGUCAGUGUUCCUGAUGAGCUCAGUGGACAGUAUUCAAGUGAGAGUUCCCAGUUGGAGACCAAGCUUAGUGGGAUACCGGUUUCAUCUGUGGGGAAGAGGGACUCACUGCUGGGAAAGUCUGCUGAAUUGAGGGACAAAAGCACCACAAAGACCUCCAAGCCAGUUUCUACAAAACUGGAUUUUGGCUCUCCCAAACCUCCUCGCAGAGAGGUUUUAGAGGAAGAGGCCUCCAUUGACUUUGUCUUCAUUCCUCCUGAGACAAAGGAACGAGUCCUGACUGAGCACCAGAAGGAGGUUAAAAGGACUAAAAGGGUUGACAUCCCUGCCAUGUACAACAACCUUGAUGCUUCUCUGGAUACAACGGUUUUCAGCCAGUACACACAGAGCCAAGAAGAGUCUUUGGACAAACUGCCUACUGAACAAGCUGACAGCAUUAGUAAAGAGGCUCCCGGCAAGGUUCCUCAGGAGACUGUGGACAAAGAGGAAGAUGCUGAAAUUCUAACAGAAGACACCCAAGACUAUGCCAGCCCCAAAGCAGUGGAGAAAAUGGCAGAGAACCGUGAGCAGCAGGAGAUGUUCCCUGAAUCAGCAGAUCUGUCUAUGGAGGCUGAUGGCAAAAGUGAUGAUAGAGCAGAAGACUUGGACAUGGAGUCCAAAGAAGGCACAAGUCCUAACAUCUCUGGCACCUCAGACUUGGUCUCGGGGACUCCCCAGAAACCCAACAGUCGCCGUCAGUCCUUUAUAACUCUGGAAAAGUAUGCUGAGGGAAAGCCUGCCAGCCCCAGCAGUGCAUCCACAUUCACAGGUCCCCUCAUAAAGACCUCCAACAGCCAAGAACGCACUAAAACCAACAAGACAUCAACCUCUUCAGCUUCUCAGACAUCCACUGGUCCAAACUCUCAGGAUUCCCUGUCCACUCCGACAAGAAAUGUGAACUCGCAGUGUCCUGUGAAAGAUGCCCCUGAGUCCCCUCAAAGACCCAAAGACUCAGUGACAAAAUGUGAGCCAGUAAGAUUGACUGAGAGAAUGCGUAGUGACACAACAGAGGAUGAAGAUGUUAUUCCAGACACCCAGACUGAACUGGAGCAAAAGAAAAGUACAACGAUGCCUUCCACUUUAGAUGAUCUUGAGCCAUCAAGCCAGGAGGAGGAAUCUGAACAGACUUUGGAUGACUCUCAAUCCUGUGUGACUCGGACUUCUCCAAGUGAACCAAGACGUUCUGGACGCUGCAGAGUCAAACCUCUGCUGCCUGGAGAGGACCCUAAGGAACGGGAAGAGAAAAACAUGCAGGUUAAAAGGAGACGUUCUGGAGAGGAGCCUAAAAGUGAUUCUGCAAACUCAAUCUCAGUGCAAAGUAGACGAAGCACAAGAAGUCAGCAGGCUGCCGAGGAGGACAGUGGCAGGGACAGAUUACGAACCAGGUCUCAGAGGGACAAGAGUGAGUCAAGCCAAACCGACUCUCAAGGUACAGCUCGCAAGAGAAUCAAAUUGUACAGCAGUUCACAUGAGUUUCUUGAUAAACCUGAAUCCAAAAGGAGAAGCUCCAGAGGGCACGAGUCCAGCCAAACUGACUCACUGUCAGGCUCACAGGCCGGGUCUGAAAGCCAGUCUCAGAGUAGGCACAGUCGGCGGAGUAAAUCCUCAGUGGAUUCCAAGGAGGAGGUUGGAAUUAAGAAAAAGGUUUUGCUUGAUAAAAGAGAAUCAAGCCAAAUUACCACACAUGAGAUUGUAGAACAGAACAAAAAGGACGAUAAACAAAAGAACGAUUCUCAAGUGGGCACUCUUUCACCUCAAAGUAGUGGCAGAUCCCAAGAGUUUGAACUACUAGAGCAGACAGAAAAGGAUAAGCCAAACAAAGAUUCACAAAUGAUCACUCAAUCGAGUGUCAAAUCCCAAGAGUUUGAGGUUGUAGAACAAACUGACGUGGAUAGUAAGCCAGAAAAACAUUCACAAGUGAUCACUCCAUCCCCUCAAUCAAGUGUCAAAUCCCAAGAGUUUGAUCUUAUAGAACAGAACGAAAAGGAAGAUAUUAAGCCAGGAAAAGACUCACAAAUGAUAACAGAGUUUGAGCUUGUAGAAGAGACCAAAAAGGAUGAUGAGAUGACGAAAGAUUCUCAAAUGGCUGCUUCUUCUCUUCAAAGUAGUGGCCAGUACCAAGAGUUUGAGCUUAUAGAAAAUACAGACAAGGAGGACGAUUCUCAGAAAAUCACUUCUCCAAGUAAUGACGAGUCCCAACAUAGAACAAGCCCAACAAACAAGUGUGUGACUGAAUCAGAGCUAAAAAAUGAUCACAAGAUCAUUGAAGGUACAAAAGACAUGCUUAGCCAAGAGGGCCCUCAAGUGAUUACACCAUCUGAUAGCCAGUCUACGCGUAGAUCCAGAAGAAGCAAGGCAUCGUCUGAGGCAGCGGAGUCUGAAGACAAAAAUGAAAAUAAGGGCUCCUUAGGAAGGGAAACCAGGUCCAAUUCCCAGGCAGCAUUAUCAGUUGUCAGUCAUGCAGAGGCCUCAAUUGGAGGUAGGACCAGAAGGAGCAAGGUCCAAGAGGAUCAGUCAAAAUCAAGUCCAUGCUCGACACCGGAGAGUUCUCAGUCACUAGAUAGUGUUGGAUCGACUGAGUCCUCCAAAGGCAGGGGCAGAUACGCAAGACGAAAAUCUUCUCAAGUAUUAGUAACCAAUGCAGGAUCCUCAGAGUCUGAAUCCUCAGAGGCCAGAGAAAAUUCCCCUAUGCUGAAAAAAAGAGGGAGGAAACCUCGGGCGUCCCUUCAAAGUCCUCUCACCCUUGAAUGUAAGGACAAAAUGAAUAGUGAUAUGGUAAAGAUUGAUAGUGACACCUCAGAUACACUAAGCAAAGAAGCUAAAAAUGCAACUGAUGUAGAGGAACCAGAUUUACAGAAUUCUGAAUCACUUGAGCUGACUCCUCAAAUUAAGCAGCAAAUUAACGAAUCCCUAGUAGAGGUGGAGGCUGAUGCUGUUGUAGAAGAACCUGACAAUGAAAACACAGUCAAGAGCAAAUCACUCAGUGUUUCGCCUUGCAAGGAGAGGCAAAGACAAAAGGACCUUCAACACAUUGAUAGUGCUUCUUUGCAAGAAAGUGACACUGCGGACUUAAACUCUGCUGAAAUCCUUGAAUCGGUUGAGAUCAGUACUGAACAGAGUCAAGAGAAGUUGCCCUCUGACACAUCUGUGUCUCCUGCUGUGGACACACUGUCGGUGCCUGAGACAACAGGGAAGCUUCCGGCCUCAGGCUUGGCGGAAGAGAAAACUGAAAAAGUAUCAGAGCUUGUUGCCAGUAUUACUGAAAAACAGACGGAUGAUUCAGAAUCACACCAACCAGUUGCUCCAGAGGUGGAGCUGACUGAAGACAGUCACAUUUCCUCUUUUGGACAAAAUAAGAUGGAGUGUCCAAAUGUCACUGAUGAGGAACAGGCUGCCUCUAUCAAAGAGGGCAAUUCACCAAACCAGCCAACAGAGGCAAGUGCUGGUGAUGACAUCACACCUCUACAAGAUGGCAGUGAAGAUGGCAAAACCCAGGUGAUGGAAUGUCAGGAUGAAGAGGAAACUCAGACCACCAACACUGAGAACGAUGUUGCAAAUUUGGAUUCCGCUCUGCCUGAUGUUUGUAAUACUUCAGUGUCAGCAGACUCAACAAGCAAAGAUACUUUCCAGGGAUCUCCAGUGAAGCAGAGGGACCUGGAGGCUGUAAUGGGGACAGAUGUUGGCCAAAGCCCCAGCAGUGGCAGAACCAGAGGAACCUGGUCUCCUUCUGCCUCCCCAUCAACCAGCAUUCUUAAAAAGGGCCAGAAGAGACCACUAGAGGAUGAGACUCCUUCACCUCUUGUCAAAUCCAGGCGUGUGUCCUUUGCUGAUCCAAUCCAGCGGCAGGAAAUGGCAGAUGACAUUGAUCGUCGCAGCCCUGCUAUCAGAACCAGCUCCCCCAGAAGAUCCAAAAUUAGCAAUAUCCCACAGCCUAAGUAUGUCACCACCCCAACAAAGGCCUUGGUGAUCCUGAGUCCCAGAAAUCUACAUAGUCCAGGUUACAAGAGCUCCAAGAAAUGCCUGAUUUCUGAGAUGAGCCAAGAGCCGCGGCCGGUCUCCAGAGACUGUAUCUACCCUGCCCUGGUUGGCUGCUCUACACCUGUAGAGGCUGUGCUGCCUCAGAUAUCCUCCAACAUGUGGUCUCGUGGUUUUGGGCAGCUUGUCCGAGCCAGAAACAUCAAAACAGUCGGUGACCUCAGUGCCCUUACUCCCAGUGAAAUCAAGACUCUGCCAAUUCGCUCCCCAAAGAUCUCCAAUGUCAAAAAGGCACUUAAAAUCUAUGAACAGCAGCGUAAAGGACGAGGUGGAGAUGAGCUGAAGAGUUUUGAUGAAACAGAAAUGUUGACCUCUGAACUGGAGGAGACCAGUGCUCCUGAGAACCAGGAAGAGGAGGAUAAGACCUCAGCCGAGACUCUAGCAACCGAGCUGGUUGAUGAGCCUGUCCCCGCAGAUGGGAGGCCAGAGCAAGACGGCCCAGAGAAUCAGGCCGCUGACACACUCGCCAAAGAGCGUGGACCUGAAGGGCUGCUGUCAGAGGUGCAGGCCCUGACCAGCAGGAUGACGCCAUCAGAACUCAGUUACUGUGCACCGGAGCAGCUCGUACAGAUGCACGAUCAGUUAGGAGGCAUGAUGAGGCGUGUGGUGGUCGAGCUGCAGACACGCCUGUGCCAGACAGAUGACAAACGCUGCAGAGACUUCUGAUGGAUCACACAGCUGGACGGGUGCUGAAAGGCACAGAUCAUUCAGGUGGAAUCUGGAUUAAAGGAUACUUACAUUUUCUUUUACCCACCCAAGCUUUGUUUAGAUACAAGUGUUAAAUGACCUUUUACACCGGAGGAUUUUACUGUUUUAACUGACAAUGCUUUGUCCUUGUCCAACCUUUGAUCUUUAUAAAUCAAUGUUUUUUUAUGAAACUGUUAGCAGCACUUUUAUUUUUCCAUUUCUAGCUGGAUCUGUUGGGUAGUUUAUACAAUUUUAACAAACACUCAAAGGGAAGCACAGUCAAUACUUUCUAAGCUGUGCCAAAAGAAGACGAAUAUUUUUAAUAGUUAAAACCUUGACGUGGAUGAUUAUUUUCUUAUCGUCCUCGGUAGACUUUAUUACCAAGGACAAACGUAAGACUGCAAAUAUAUGUUGACACCUAAUCAGCUUUGUAAAUAUCCUUUCCCUCAUGUCACUACUUGCCCUCCAUGUGCCUGUUUUUAGGCUGUUUACAAUUCAACUCAUCAGUCCUUUUGUACAUUUUAAGAAUUUCCUGCUGUAAACCUCUCAUUUCUUUUCAAUGUCUUAUUGUGUUUUUAAAGUCAUGAAACAUUGUAGUUGAUAGUAGACAUUCUGCGCUUGUUUCUCAUUUUAAAUACUUCAAUAAAAGAUGGAACUGAUCACCUA